CCCGGUCCCACCCACCCGGCGACCUACCUGAUCCCGAGGGUCCCCUGGGACCUCAGGCUCCGCAGAGGACCCACGAGGGAGCGAGUGUGACGCGUGGCUGUGGGUGGGAGCCAUGGACGCCUUCAUUCGCGUCGCUAAUCAGAGCCAGGGUCGGGACCGACUUUUCAGAGCCACUCAACAUGCAUGCAUGCUGCUUAGGUAUUUGUUAGAGUCUAAAGCUGGCAAAGAGGCGGUGGUAAUGAGACUCAAGAGUCUGGAGGCCAGCGUGAGCACUGGCCGUAAAUGGUUCAGACUAGGCAACGUGGUCCAUGCCAUCCAGGCAACUGAACAGAGCUUCCAGGUCACUGACCUCGUGCCCCGCUUGUGCCUGACAUUAGCCAACCUGAACCGUGUGGUUUAUUACAUCUGUGACACUGUCCUCUGGGUGAAAAGCGUGGGUCUUACCUCUGGGAUCAACAGAGAGAAAUGGCAGAUGUGGGCGGUCCGCCACUACUACUAUUUCCUCCUGCUGAACCUGGUCCGGGAUCUAUACGAAAUCUUGCUGCAGAUGGGACACAUUGCACGUGACAGAGCAAAGAGAGAGAAACCAUCCCAGGACCCUCCUGAGUAUAGCGUGCUUAAUGAAGAAACCGAAUGGCUGCAGUCCUUUCUCCUCCUCCUAUUCCGAUCUCUAAAGCGACACCCUCCCUUGCUCCUGGACACAGUGAAGAACUUCUGUGACAUCCUGAUCCCUCUGAACCAGCUUGGGAUCUACAAGUCCAAUCUCGGCGUCGUAGGAUUUGGCGGUCUCGUGUCCUCCUUGGCUGGCCUCAUCACUGUAGUGUAUCCUCAGUUGAAACUGAAGACCCGCUAGGGUGCCUAGAGGCUUUAGAGCUAACUGUUCAGUGGACCAAGCAUUUGUUUUUGUCAUGAUGUCUGCUGUUCUUAAUUGUUUUAAUCAUGUGAGCACCUUACCCACCUGUCAUGUGAAG